AUGGAGAGGAAUCGGGAUAAUGGAUUGGACGAUCUAGGGUUCCAAUCGUUUUCUGAAAAGAUGCAUGGUGAUGUGUUCAUUACGUCUAAGGGUUCAAAGCCGUUGAAUAUGCCGGAUCUACGUGAUAAACCUUCAUUAUUCAGCAAACCUUUGAACAUUGAUGGAUUUCCAUUGUUAGCGAGACGUGGUGUUAAUCUGCAAGAUCAGAAAGUUAUCAACGUAAUUGAUGAAUUGGAGAAAGUGACAGUUCAGGUUCCUAUAGUGACAUCUCCUAAUGGUGGUAACGAUGGGCAAAAUCAGGAUUCUUCUCAUCCUGAUCUAAACCUGGAGAAGGGAGAUAAUGUCACGGGUGUCACAGGUGUCCGAGGUUCAUAUGCGGAUAGAGUAAAGGCCAAUAAAUCAACUAAGCGUGAGGUAAACUUCAGGUUGCUUGAAUCCGUAGAGAGAGUGGAGGAGGCAGAUGUUGUUAUCCCUAAGGAAGCAGUACGUCAGGUACAAAAGAAGUUUGAAAAUGUUCUGUAUGGUUACUUUCUAGGUGAUAGGUUGCCUUUUCCCGUUGUUGAUUACUAUGUCAAGAAUGUAUGGGCAAAGUAUGGUUUCGCUAAACUUAUGAUGAACUCAGACGGUUUUUUCUUUUUCAAAUUUGAGUCCAAAGAGGGUAUGCUUAAGGUGCUUGAAAAUGGGCCAUGGUUGAUUAGGAAAAUGCCUUUGUUUCUGAAUGUUUGGAGUCCUACGGCUAGUUUAAAGAAGGAAGGUAUUAAAUCGGUGCCAGUAUGGAUCAAAUUACACAAUGUACCGUUGGCUGUGUACACAGAUGAUGGUUUGAGCUUGUUAGCCUCAAAGGUGGGGAUCCCGAAAAGGUUAGAUAGUUAUACAGCAGAUAUGUGCAUCGACAACUGGGGUAGAACAAGCUAUGCACGUGCUUUGGUGGAGGUAAAUGCUGACAAGGAACUUAAAUCUCAUGUAGUGGUUGCUAUCCCUAAAAUGGAUGAAGAUGGUUUUGUGAUGGAAAGGGUUAGAGUUGAAUAUGAGUGGAAACCUAACCGUUGUGAAACUUGCUGUUUGUUUGGCCACACUUUGUCCUCAUGCCCAAGGACUCCUAAGGAAAAAGCUAAGCAGGUGAUAGUAGACGAUGAGGGAUUCAUUAUGGAUAAGAGAAGGACGGCCAAGCAUGGCUUUCCGCAAAAGAAACCGAAGCCGAAGUUUAUGUAUAAACCGAAGCAUACGGCUGGUGCUAGUACUUCGGGAACAAAAAACCAAGGAGAUGUAAAGGGAGCUGAACCGGAAAUAAGCUUACAUAACAAAUUUGAUAUGCUUGGAGAAGGGGCUUCCAAUUCAGGUGAGCGGGGUAAUAAUGUUGUGGAAGGUAAAAGUAAAGAAGUUAAGAAUUUAAACAACAAGAAGUCUAGCUAUGAGGGGGAUGAAGAACUAAUAGACCCAUGUAAUCCGGAAAUUUCAUCUUUUAUGUCAGCGAAUCAGAUGAAGGCUUGGAAUAUAAGGGGCUUGAACCGGCCCCUGAAACAAAGAGAGGUUCAGCAAGUAGUGAAGGAUAAUCGGUUGAGUGUGUGUGCCAUUCUGGAAUCUCAUGUCGAGGUGUCUAAUCUUUCUAAGGUUUGCAACAGAGUAUUUCGGCAUUGGGAGUGGGUUUCAAAUGGUGGUGUUUGUAAUCGAGGCACUCGAAUUAUUAUAGGUUGGAAUAGCGAUUUGGUGGAUCUUAUGGUUCUGGCCCAAACGGAUCAAGUCGUUCAUGUCAAGCUUAAAGCUGCAGCUCUGGAUACUCGGGUAUUUGUUUCUUUUGUUUAUGCAAAGAAUACGUAUCAGGAACGUAGGGAAUUAUGGCGUGACUUGAUGAUGCAUAAACUGGUAGUUAAUAACCAGCCGUGGAUUGUCUUAGGUGAUUUUAAUUCGGCUCUAUACAUGGACGAUGUUUUGCAUGGCUCGUCUACUCCAACUAUAGGGAUGAGAGAAUUCUUCGAGUGUGUUCAACAGACGGAGCUUCUUGAUGUUCCUGGGCACGGGCUUCAUUUUACGUGGAACCAAAAACCUAGGGAAGGUAUUGGUAUUCUUAAGAAGAUAGACCGGGUUAUGGGGAAUGUUCGGUUCUUGGAUAUGUUCCCGAAUGCUCAUGUGAUCUACCACCCUUAUAGGGUGUCGGACCACACUCCAUGUAUCCUUAAGAUGGAUCAAGGUUGCCGUCCUAAACCUAAGCCGUUUAAAUUUGCUAAUUUUUUAGCAAACAAAGAGGAGUUUAAAUCUUGUGUUGCUUCGGAAUGGAGCAAAAGUGUAGAAGGUAUUCCGAUGCUUUCUGUGGUAAAAAAGCUCCGAAAUCUUAAAACCCCGCUAAGGAAGCUGCUUCAUGAUCAAGGAAAUUUACAUACAAGGGUCAACGAGUUGAGAUUGCAACUGGAUGACAUUCACCGUCAAAUUGAUCUAACGCCGUUUGAUACCUCGCUUCGGGAACAAGAAACUGAAAAUAUAAAGAAGUUCCAUGCUGCUUCUUAUGACGAGGAAUCUUUUCUAAAACAAAAGGCCAAGUUGGAAUGGUUAAGUGCGGGAGAUGGCAAUACAUCGUUCUUUCACAAUAUUGUUAAAAGCCGGAAUGCAAGGAAUAAAAUUCAUGUGAUUUGCGAUGCUAAUGGUAUUCAGUAUGAAGGUGCGGAGGUUGAGAAAGCUCUAGUUGACCACUAUGCUAACUUUUUGGGUAUUGAAGCCGAAGUGGAGGAGCUAAACAUGGAUGACCUCUUUGUGAACACUGUUAAUCCGGAUCUGGCCGAUCACAUGAUUCGUCCUGUAACCCGUGAGGAAGUCAAGGCGGCUAUGUUCAGUAUUGCUGAUAACAAGGCCCCGGGUCCAGAUGGAUAUACGUCUUUGUUUUUUAAGAAAGCAUGGGAUGUGGUUGGAGAUGAAGUUUCGACUGCUAUUCUUCAAUUUUUUGAAAAUGGUAAAUUGCUUCAGCAGGUAAACCAUACAAUAAUUGCCUUGAUUCCCAAAGUCUCUAAUCCCAAUUCGGUUUUGGAGUAUAGACCGAUAUCCUGUUGCAAUGUCAUUCUGAAAUGCAUAAGUAAGAUCUUGUCGGAUAGAAUUAAAGGUAGUUUGGGGAGCUUGGUUGAUAUUAGCCAAUCGGCUUUUAUCCCGGGCAGGAAAAUCUCGGAUAACAUCCUCCUUACCCAGGAACUCAUGCAUAACUAUCAUUUACAUAAGGGGAAGCCGAGGUGUGCCUUCAAAAUUGAUAUCCAGAAAGCUUACGACACUGUCAACUGGAAAUUUCUCAAUUCUAUCCUAACCAGGUUUGGUUUCCCUCCUAAAAUGGUGGGUUGGAUUAUGACAUAUGUCUCAACUGCGUCGUUUUCGCUUUGCAUUAAUGGGAACCUUUGUGGUUAUUUCAAAGGAAGGAGGGGGCUUAGACAGGGGGAUCCUAUAUCACCAUAUCUUUUUACUUUAGUCAUGGAGGUCCUCUCGUUAUUACUACAUAAGGCAGCUGAUGAUCAUCCUGCUUUUCGGUACCAUGAUAAGUGUAAGCUUCAGAAGAUUAUUAACGUGUCCUUCGCUGAUGACUUGUUUAUUUUUGCGAAUCCGGAUUCGGUAUCUAUACGGAUUAUGAGGGAUGUGUUGGAACUGUUCACGAGAACCUCGGGUCUUAAACCGAAUUUAGCAAAAAGUACGGUUUUUUUCAGCAAUGUUUCGGCCCAAAUGAAGCAAGAGAUUUGUUCCCUGCUUCCGUUUCAAGAGGGAGAGCUCCCGGUCAAAUACUUAGGAGUCCCGCUAAUUUCAACAAAACUUGCCUCGAAGGAUUGUAAAGUUCUAGUGGAUCGGGUGGACAAGAAGAUUGAUCAUUGGUUAAAUAAAUCUCUCUCGUUUGCGGGAAGACUCCAACUUAUUAACUCGGUGAUCUCGGCUAUGCAUAUUUAUUGGGCAUCUGUCUUUAUGCUCCCGGCCCGUAUAGUUACCGACAUUGAAAAACGGAUGCGUAAUUUUCUGUGGAGUGGUGGGGCGGCUAAGAGUUCUAACCCGAAGGUUGCUUGGAAGAAUGUGUGCCUUCCAAAAUACGAGGGCGGCUUGGGUAUAAGAAGAAUUCAUGAUUCGAAUAAAGCGCUUCUUACUACUCAUGUAUGGAGUAUUCUUACUAAGCGGAAUUCUCUAUGGGUAAAAUGGGUUCAUUCGUAUAGGAUCAAAGGACGUAAUUUUUGGGAACUUCCAUUUCGGGGGAGUAUGACAUGGGGAUGGAGGAAAAUCUUGGCUAUCCGUCCUUGUAUUCGUCAGUUCUUUUGGUUCCAGAUUCGUAAUGGGUUGGUGGCUAAUGCUUGGUAUGAUAACUGGUGUGCUUAUAGCCCCUUGCGGGACUUCAUCACCCCUAGACGUAUUCAUGGGGCGGGGUUUAGCAUGCGAUCUUCAGUUUCUGAGCUUAUUGAUACUCACAAUGGGUGGAAGUGGCCGAUUGCUUGGUUUGAUCUUUAUCCUGUCUUGAUUAAUAUUAUGCCCCCGAAUAUUAUUUAUAAUGAUCCUGAUAAACUCGUGUGGAAGAAUAGACAGGGCGAUGUUGCUGACUUCAAUGCUAGUGAGGUUUGGGAGAAUAUUAGGGAGCGUGGCGAGGAGGUGGAUUGGGUUAAUUUGGUUUGGUAUGGUCAGAGUAUUCCAAGACAUUCUUUUCACUUGUGGCUUGUGAUUAAGAACAAACUAAAAACUCAGGAUCGAAUGGGAGUUUGGGAUGCUGGAAGUGCAACUAAUUUGAAUCUUAUGUGCUGCCCUUUGUGCUAUCAUGAUAAGGAUUCUCGUGACCAUCUAUUUUUUCGAUGCCCCUAUGCGCUGCAAGUGUGGAAUCGGGUUAAAGAUAUGGCUUAUAUGGAUUCGAUUGAUGAAAAUUGGGACUCUAUUAUUGCUUGGCUUUCUCAACAUGCUAGGAAUAAGUCAGCGGAAAGUAUUGUCAGUAAGCUGGUGGUGGCGGCUUCAGCUUACUUCAUAUGGCAAGAAAGAAACAACAGGUUGUUUUCUAGAGCUCAACGAGAUGCAACAGUAAUCGCUAACAUUGUUCUUCAUACAGUUCGCCUAAAGCUUAUGACGUUCAAGGCUGGGAAAGGUGGGUCGUUUUUGUUUUGUGGUUGUUUGGUUUUGCUAGUCUUGACAAUGUCGUCAUUUGGAUCCCUUCACUCUCGAACUCCUCGCCGCAAUCAUGAUGAUAAACGCAUUGCUACUCUCGUCGCUAAGCAAAUGGUGAAAGUUAUCCCCCAGAUUGUUAGUGAGUUGAACGAGAAUUCCAGCAAGUCUUUUGAAGAAUCCAGGAUUGAUUCGCCAAAGUCUGCCUUUAGCUUCAAGCAGUUCAAAGCCUGCGGCCCGAAAGAGUUUACCGGAAAAGAUGGACCUACGGCCAUGUUCCAAUGGUUUGAUUCGAUCGAGGUCACCCUGCGCCAGAGUGGCUGUCCUGAUAUUCUCCGCACUCUCAACGCCAUCGGCGUCUUCCAAUCCAGAGCUCUAAAUUGGUGGACGGUCGAGAGAAACAAACGCGAAAAUGAUGCAGCUUACGGGUUAACGUGGGAUGAGUUGAAGGACACGACAACAAUUGAGGAAACUUUCUUACUCGCUGCUGAGAUCAACGACAAGCGAGUCAAGUCUAGGUAUUGGGAUAAAGCCUCCAAGAAUCUGCAUCAAGCCACCACUGCUGCAACCGCUGAAACCGCUGAAACCGCCCGCACCGCGAUCUUCAAAGUCCUCUCGUCGCAAGAGGAAGAACAACAAUAA